AAAUUACACGAGCAUUUAAAACAAUGUUUACUGUAUCUGUUACAACAUUAGUUGAUGAUAUAACAGAUGAGGAUUCUCCUUAUUUAUUUGUUGAAUUAACAAAUCAUUUACAAACGCCAUUUACAUUUGAUAAAUUGGCAGUUAGAUUAGUGAGUGGACAAAGUGAAGAAAUUUGGUUUGUAGUUUUGGAUCAAGAUUUAAGUCCGGGACAAAAUAAAUAUAAAUUAUAUUCUGAU